AUGAAUUCAAAACCUAUUGAUAAAAAUUUAGAAAUAUUCAUUCAUGGAUGGUCUGGAGCUAUAGCCGGAGCCGUUUCAACAUUAAUGUUAUAUCCUAUGGAGAAUUUAAAAACAAGAUUAUAAACUAAUAAAUAAAAUAAGUCUAUGUACUAAAUAGUAAAGCAAGUUUAUAAAAAUGAAGAUAUAAUAGGUUUUUAUAAAGGAAUGACACCAAUGCUUAUUGGAAAUUUUAUUUCUUAUGGAAUAUAUUUUUUUUGGUAUUAGUUUUUUAAAGAUUUAAUGAAAAUUUAAAAUGGAGAUAAUGUAGGAUACUUAAAAGCCUCUUUUUUAAGUGGAAUUAUAACAACAAUAGGUACAAAUCCUUUUUGGGUAGUUUAAACAAGAAUGAUAUUAGGUCAUGAAAAUUUUAUAUAAACUGUAGAAAAAAUGUUUAAAAAUGAAGGAAUUAAUAGCCUUUUUAGAGGCUUAAGUGCUUCUUUAAUACUUGUUAUAAAUCCAAUAAUUUAGUUUAUAGCAUAUGAAUAUUUAAAAGCAAGACUAUCCUAAAGUUAAAUUAUUAAAUCAAAGUUUCUUUUAUUUUUUAUUUGUGGAGCUAUAUCGAAAGCUAUAGCAACUUUUAUUACUUAUCCAUAUUAAGUUAUAAGAACUUUUUAACACAUUGAUAAAAAUAAAAAGUUUCUAAGUAUAAGUGACAUUUUAAAAAGCAUUUAUUAAUAAUAAGGAUUUUCAGGAUUCUUUAAAGGAUUAACACCAAAACUUUAAUAAACAGUUUUAAAUAGUGCGUUCAUGCUGGCUUUUUAUGAAAAAAUUGUAAAUUAGAUUACUUAGAUAUUCCUAAUACUUUUUAAAUUAAAAUAAACAUAAAAAUGA